AUGUCUGUGAAUCAACGCAUCCAAGAUAUCCUCGAGAACGUCUCGUCUCUGUAUCGAGGACCGGGCGGAGCAGCUGCCGUAUUGAAGGAUGGCAAACUCGUGGGCGAGCAUGUCUGGGGCUACGCAGAUCUGCAAAAGCUGGUUCCCAUGACUGCAUCCACGCUGAUGCCAAUAUGCUCGAUCACGAAACAAAUGGUGUGCAUGAUGCUGAAAGCCCUGGAGCGCAACCCCACCCCGGAGAUGCUGAAGCGGGGCAACGUGGCUCGGCAGUUCCCGGACACUUUGGUGGAAAUGCUACAUCCCGACCUCGCUAGAAACACCGCACUAAAGCUAGAGCACCUAUGUAAUAACCAAUCUGGUAUUCGAGACUAUUGGGCUAUGUCCAUGUUCUGGGGUGCCCAUCCUGAUGGUGAAUUUCGACUCGGGCGAGACGCCAAGAAGGCCCUGGACCGGACCAGGUCCCUGCAUUUUGAACCCGGUACCCAGUACUCCUAUUGUAACUUGAACUUCCAUAUCAUCGCCCGACUUAUUGAGAGGGUGAGUGGACAAUCCCUAGGCGACCUACUUGCUGAAAGGCUCUUCUUACCGGCUCGCAUGACAACUGCGCGCCUGUGCCCAGACAACGGCAACCUCCCUCCACCUUGUGUUGGGUAUGAAGGGUCCGAGUCCUCUGGCUUCGUUCCAGCCAUCAAUCGCAUGCAAUGGUCUGGCGAUGCAGGGGUUGUCGCGUCCCUCAAGGAUAUGAUUGCAUAUGAAGAUUAUUUGCAGACUUGCUGGGAUGACGAGCAAAGUCUAUAUCGUACCAUCGCGCAUCAACAGUCGUUUAACGAUGGCACACUUGCACGAUAUGGGUACGGCCUAGGGCACGGUAUUGUCAGGGGCGUGGCCACGAUCGGCCAUGGUGGUGCUCUUCGUGGAUUCCGCCUCCAUAGAAUCCAGGCCCCAUCGGAGAAGCUCGCAAUUGUAGUUAUGCUCAACCAUCAGGCUGAUGCAGAAGCGGUGGCCCAGGAUAUUAUGCAAGGGGCCUUUAACAUCUUCAAGGGCCAAAAUCCUAGACUUAACCCUGUUAAUCCCUCCCCGGACUGGUUUGGCGCUUUCUAUGAUCCGGAUGCCGGGCUGGUUGUUGAGGUUGGGCACGGCCGUCAGGGCCAUUUGACCGUCACGUACGGGGGUUCUGGAGAGACCUUGGCCUGUGUUGAGGAGGGCAAAGCUCAAUCAAGUAAUAUAACUGCCACAAUAAAUGGUGACACCCUCACACUCCAUCGUUUAGCCGACAAUCAUCUCAUCCAUGCCGAGCGUGCUGCUACUGGCCAGCAACCACCUAAAGACCUUUACGUCGGCGAAUAUUACUGUGCAGAAGUCGACUCGACCUUUCGUUGCAGUGGCAAAGGUGGUAUGCUAUAUGGGAACUUUGAAGGAUAUUUGGGGCAAGGACCACCACACCUCAUGCGAUAUAUUGGGCAGGAUAUCUGGCUUCUCUCAUGCCCACGAGGCCUAGAUGCGCCGGCGCCCGGGAAUUGGACUGUAGUAUUCCAGCGUGAUGACCACGGUCACAUUGCUAGUGUAGUGAUUGGCUGCUGGUUGGCCAGGAAAGUAGUGUUUGCUAGACAGUAA